AUGGCUCCGAUCGCCGUUGGUGACGUCAUCCCCGAUGGUACCGUAUCUUACUUCGACGAGCAAGAUCAGAUGCAGACCGUCUCAGUACACUCACUUGCUAAGGGCAAGAAGGUCAUUAUCUUCGCCGUUCCUGGAGCUUUCACUCCCACUUGCAGCAUGAAGCAUGUGCCUGGCUUUAUUGAAAAGGCUGACGAGUUGAAGUCAAAGGGCGUCGAUGAAAUCCUCUGCAUCAGUGUCAAUGACCCCUUUGUGAUGAAGGCCUGGGCAAAAACUUACCCUGAGAACAAACAUGUAAAAUUUCUUGCUGAUGGAGCUGGAAAAUACACCCAUGCCCUUGGUUUGGAGCUUGAUCUGUCGGAUAAGGGGCUUGGUGUUCGAUCACGAAGGUAUGCUCUUUUGGUUGAUGACCUUGAGGUGAAAGUAGCCAACAUCGAAUCUGGAGGGGAGUUCACAGUCUCCGGUGCUGAUGAAAUCCUCAAUGCUCUUUAA